AUGACGGAUACAUCUUCCAACGACACCCCAGCCGCUGAUCCGCCUCCCGGAGUCGACCCCAACUUUGUGAACCCGCCAUCGCUGCACUCGGUGAAUCUGGGCGUCUGCAUCACCUGCCUGGUUCUUAUGAUCGUUGUAGUGGGUGUCCGGACAUACACGAAAGCCGUUAUCCUUCGAGAUAUGCGACAUGAAGACUGUACGUUGCCCUGUCCCACUCACAUCGCUGCUUUGUUGCUGACCUUGGAUGUGAUUCAAGAUGUCGCACUGUUGGUUUUGGUCAUUUUCUUAGCCUGGGGUCCUAUUUACACUUACCUCUCCGCUCUUGGGCUGAGUCGAGAUCUAUGGAAUAUUAGGGCGAGUGAUAUGCCCGGGUUACUGCGACUAUGUAAUGAUUUCCAGCUCUUAUACUCGCCCGCAAUGGGCGCUGCCAAAUACUUCAUCUGCAUCCAUCUUAAGAGGAUCUUCUGUCCUUCCAACAGAGGAGCUGUGCACUGGGCCCUGGUGGCCCUGAUUACCAUCAAUGUCAUGUUUUACUUCACCACUUUCUUUGCGCAGAUGUUCCAGUGCAUCCCCCGCGAGAAAAUCUGGAGGCCCGACCUUCCGGGCUCCUGUAUGAAAUCGUUCGUUGGCAUAUUGGCAAUUGGCGUUGCCAACCUGGUUUUGGACCUAGGCAUCUUGCUUGUUCCCAUCUGGGCCAUCUGGAAGCUUCAGAUACCCGUGAAGCGCAAGCUAGAAGCCUACGCGGUGUUUUCACUGGGCAUCCUCACGUGCAUCAUAGCGGCAGUGAGCAUUGCAUUCCGCAUUCCAAAAGACGACAGCUCAAGUGCCGUCUUCUAUAUGGCCAAAGUCGGUCUUUGGUCGUAA